UAUUGGGUUUUUUUUUGGUUUUACUUUUUCUCUCUUUCUUUUAAUCAAGUGGGAAUCUCUAACAUCAGCUUAACCAUUGUUUAUUUAAAUCAACUUUAUAUCAGAUAAGCUUGGUGGUUGAGUCAUUUCAUUUUUCUUUCUCUUGCCUUUUUCGUCAACAAUACCGGCCAGCAAAAUAAAACUUCUUUAUUCUUUUUUGGUCUUUUUUUUUCAUUUCACAUGUGACUUGUUCUAAUCUCUGCCCUUUGCUUUCCAGGUACUUAGGUAACUAAAUCAAAUUUUCAUGCGAUAAUAGAUUGUCACUAUCAUCCAAAAGUAGUUGAUUGAUUGAUGGGGUCCGAAGGGCCAGCAGCAGUAACUAUCCAUGUGACUGGUUUUAAGAAAUUCCAUGGAGUUUCAGAGAAUCCAACUGAAACAAUUGUCAGUAAUUUAAAAGAGUAUACAGAAAAGAAAGGUUUGCCAAAAGGUGUUAUUCUUGGCAGCUGUAGUGUUCUUGAGACUGCAGGUCAGGGAGCACUCCCUCAACUAUACCAGGCAUUGCAAUCUGCCUUAACCGGCAAGGAUUCUGAAUCUUCUUGUUCUGGGAGAAUUAUUUGGCUACAUUUUGGAGUCAAUAGUGGUGCAAGUAGAUUUGCUGUUGAGCGUCAAGCUGCGAAUGAAGCUACUUUCCGUUGCCCUGAUGAGAUGGGAUGGAAACCUCAGAAAGUACCCAUUAUUCCUGCAGAUGGUGGAAUUUCACGUGUAAGAGAGACUUCUCUUCCUGUUGAGGAGAUUACAAAGGCCUUAGCAAAGAAGGGAUUUGAGGUGAUGACCUCCGAUGAUGCAGGACGGUUUGUGUGCAAUUAUGUUUACUACCACUCCCUUCGCUUUGCCGAACAGAAUGGGAUCAAAUCUCUCUUUGUCCAUGUCCCUCUCUUCUUGACCAUAGAUGAGGAGACCCAAAUGAAAUUUGCCGCUUCCUUGUUGGAGGUACUUGCUUCUCUAUGUCAGUAACAUACUGCAUCCACUCAUCUUUAUGUCCAGAAAUUGAUAUGGUUGUACGGUUGUAUGUGAGGGGUGGAUGGAAGGAUGCAUGUUUGUUGAAAGUCUUUAAUAAAAGGAUAAGUGUAUGUGAAUGAAUAAAAACUGUAUUUCAGCACAUACACCUUAUGUAUUUUUUUUAUUUCUCUAAAAUGCUUCCUCUGCUGCUUGGAAAUUUCUUGAAUCUUCUUGUUAAUAUGUCAAUAAAUUCCUGUUUGCUUCUAUUA